GUGGUUAAAGCCAUUUGCUGAAAAUAAAUAUGCAAUACACAAUAUGCUUCUAAAAUAUCUUGGGACAAUAUUUAAAAUAUUUACGAUCCUUGUGAAAUUUUUUUACCAAAUCGGACUAUCUGUAAUAUGCAGGGACAUCAAAAUACUCCCUUUACAAUUGACAAUAUUUUAAGUGGAAGUUUAUUUUCUAAACGUGGUAAGAAGGAGACGAAAUGUGAGGAGGACAGUACUUCUAUUAAAGGUGUCGACCUGAGCGUUAGUUCUGUCAGUCCGGUAGAGGAGGACAGCGUUGAUGUCGAAGGUUCGGAUUCAGAUUCUGAAGUGUCCAGUACGUCACAUGUGGUCCCUGUGUGGUCGUCAGAUGUUGAAUCAAGUCUAUCAAAUCGUAGUUUCAAUUCCACGCAAUCAGACCGGGAAUUCUUACAAAAUCAGAAAAAUGAAGGAAAAGACAAUGUACAAAUCGAACAGCUGACACCUUGUAAACCAAGGAAGAAGAGAUCAAGAGCGGCUUUCUCGCAUGCGCAAGUUUUUGAAUUGGAGCGCCGUUUCCGACACCAGCGCUACUUGUCAGGACCGGAAAGGGCCGACUUGGCCAACACCUUAAAACUUACUGAGACACAAAUCAAAAUAUGGUUUCAAAAUAGACGAUACAAGACAAAACGGCGACAAAUCCAAGAACAAUCGUGUUUAAACGCUGCCAAAAAGGCGGAUGUGACACUGCUUAUUAAGGAUGGCAAAAGAAUUCAUUCUAACGGAGAAACUCAGCGAAUGAUUUUCCCUUCAGUGCCAUUAGCCAGCCACUUAGACUACCGUUAUUUUUACUUUGUGCAAUGAUUUUAUUUAUCUCUCCUGUGAUGUACUAUUCUGUCUUUAUAGCACGUGUAGUUCCACGUGCUACAAAUUGACAAUCGCAUUCUUUGCAAUUAGCGAAGGGAAAUUUUAAAUGCAUGUGUACUGGGGUGUUUUGUCUGAAGUCGGGGAUCUUCACAAUGAAGUACUGUCUGGCUCUUUGAAUACUCUUCCGGAAAUGAAACACGUAUUUUAUGAGAUUACAGAAUGGCCUUCUUAAUUCCGUAAUAAGUUAAGUGAAAUCUCGGAAAUUAAAUUAGUACCACACGAAACUACGGACAUUGUCCACACUUUGUCACCUUUUUUAUACAAUAUUCGAUAAAAAUAAAUCCCUUCUGCUAAUUAAUAAGAACAUUUUGCAAACACGCCUGUGAAUUUGUCAUGUACCUUGCAAUACACCUGUAAUAGUAUUUGUUGUUUUAUGAUUUUGUGUGCAUUGAAUGUGUAUAUGUAUAAAAUCAACAAGAAGAUUUUAUUUCUUUGACGUCAUAUCAUAUUGAGUGAUAAAUAUUUAUCUAUAUUAUACGAUGAUGGUUUAGAGUUUCAUAUUUUAAAUACAAUGAACACUUUCAGCAUUAAAAGCAUUUAAAACCUGUCUGAAUUAUUGUCCACUUGACGUGUUACUUGCAGUGAGGCGCGACAAGAAUCUUCAUGAUUAUGGAAAAUAUAACAACUGAGUUGUGAAUGAAAGAUUUAUGUUAGGAUCAGAAAAUAAAGAAAAUUGAAAGUCUGCAGAUAACACUCUAGUGCUUUUCUCACCUAGCCAUUUGUAAGGCAAUAAGAAUUUGUUUCACACCAUCUGGCAUUUCGUUUAUUGUUACUAAGGAGAUAUUAGGUUAUAAUUCGCAGGCAGACAGGCAGGGAUUUUUUUCUCAAAAUAUAUAAAUAUAUGUUAUUAUACAUGUAUUAGUUUGUUGUAAUUCACCUGUAUGUAUUAAAACAGUUAUAUAAUUUGAAAAA